UAGAUCGGAAUUUAUCAUUUAUCUCCUACCCCAAACAACCGACAUAAUGACCCUAGCAGGAAGCUGCAUGUGCGGUGCAAUUGCAUACGCCUCUGACUCCGAGCCUCUUGUGACAGCUUUGUGCCACUGUGUUGAUUGUCAGAAGUGGACCGGUGGCGCAUUCACGUCCAACGUGAUCGUUCCCCGGAAUUCUUUCAAAGUGACAAAAGGAGAACCCUCGUUCUAUGACGUCACUGGAGCCUCGGGCAAAAACAACCGGCAUUUCUUCUGUAGCAAGUGUGGGUCUAGUCUGUUCACAGAAUUAGAUCUCAUGGCCGACAAGACUGUCAUCAAGGCCGGUACUUUGGAUGGUGGCGAAGCGAACUUGCGGAACAAGGUCGAUGUCGAGUUCUAUACUAAAGACCGGGCGUCAUAUCUCUGUGCUGUGCAGGGCGCCAAGCAGGAGCCACUUCUGGGCUGAUUAGUUUGAGGCAGCUUCCCCUGAAGCAGGGCGAUUAGGACGUGACUGCAAGGCACUCCUACAUAAUGAUAACGACCGCUGGGAUGAGUAUGACUUGGACAUUUGGUGGCCAUGUGUAUCUUAUAAUGGCAUGUAGUAGUAAGCACGGUGUUGGUGGGGUUGUGGUGUUGAAGAUACCAUGCAUUGAGGGAGGGGUUUAACAGCACAUAUGGAAUACCACAUUCUGUUAGUCAAC